AUGAACCCCUGCGAUCAUCCUCAAGUCCACCCAGACGGAUGGGCACACCGCAUCGCUCAGCUCGACUGGGAAAACGCCCGCGAAGGGACAUACCUCCGAAGUGAAUUCCUCACGUUUUUGGACGCUUUGCCGCUUAUUCGGGAGCCAGCCUUCCGUCCCCGUAUGCCCGUGUCCUCGUCCAAUAUGGCGUUCCCCUUCACCAACGCAUCGGCGUAUCUUUUCCCUCUAUCGAAUCUGCUCGAAUGCAGAUUUCAAGAACGAUUGCGCCGACCCCGUCCCAUCAUUGCCUUCGAGGCCACGAGCAAUUCGUCGAUUGUGGCGUCAUCGAGGGUUUUCCGGACGUCCUCCACUGCGCCAUGCGUCAUGCGAACGGUUUCGGUGGACGUUGCAAGUGGGACCGGGUUUAGCCUAUACCUGCCAGUGUGA